GCACGCGCCGCGCUGCCGGAAACACCUUACGUCGCUGCGCUCCGCCCCGCGUCGCGUCACACGCCACGCCACGCUGAGAUGAGCCACGCGCGCUCCUAGGCCAGCCACGCCCGCAGCUGCGCUACACGCCACAGCCAGCAACAGCUGUUGCAGCAUGGUGCUGGUGCUGAGCGGGGUGCUGCAGGACGAGCCACCGCCGGAUACGCGGUCGCUGCUGCAGGCACACCCCAUCUAUAAGGACUCGGCCCAGCAGUUCGUCGCCAUCCCCAACAAGGUUGUGGGCCCCGCCGGACUACUCUACGUGCGCCAGCGCGAGCUCGCCGUCACAGUACCACACGACAAAAAUGUGACUAUCUUGGGGUCUGAUGAUGCUACAACAUGCAUCAUUGUUGUGCUGAGACAUUCAGGUUCAGGUGCUGUGGCCCUAGCUCAUCUGGAUGGAGCAGGAACAGAAGAAUGUGCUGCCACUAUGGUGCAGCGAGUCCAGGAAGUCGGCAUGGGCUUUGCAGAGGGCAGGCUCGAGCUGCAGCUCGUUGGUGGAUUCUCUGACAGCCGACACUACUCUGAAGACUUAUUUUACAAUAUCAUGCAUGCAUUUCACCGGCAGCCAGUGGAGAUAGACCUGACACUGGCAUGUGUGGGGGAACUUAAUACAACCAUCAGGAGUGGCAUACACUGGCCUAUAGUGUAUGGUGUUGGUGUUAUCACAAAGACUGGUGAACUGUUCCCAGCAACUUUUCCAGACAAGGGCCCCGACCUGGCUUUGCGGAUUGCCAGGCAUCUGAGGGGUGGCCAGCAGGUGCUGGAUAUUUAUGACUCCAAUCUGGGUCUGUUAAGGAUUGGACCAUUCAAUUAUGACCCUCUGCGUGGAGUUGACUUGUGGCUCGAACAACCGGAUGAACUUAUACUGCAACAUUUAAGCACGUCACCUGAAGUAGAGCCACCACACUUUGUAAUGCAGAUUCGUGCAACACUGAAGUACAUCCAAGAGCAUCCCUUCCCAGCAAUCACGGUGUUCAGGGACAAUAGGCCACGGUACUACCGACGGGAUGAGAACACGGGACAGUGGGUGCCGAUACGCUACUGAUUGCUGGCAAAAGUCAGCAGUGGUGCCCAUUUCUGAAACUCACCUCAAAUGGUGGGACAGCAAGUAAAGUGAAUCACUUGUGCUUCUGACACAGUUGUAAUCUUAAUUCUACGUCAUUAGUUUUCACUACCUUGUAAUCCUUUUCCUUUUUAUUACAAUGCUUCUUUUAUUUUUGAGAGAUAUUUUGUGACUGUUUAUACUACUGCUGUAUAUAUUACAUAUCACUAUUAUACUUCACUGUAGUAUAGUGUCACCGUGUGAAAGCAAGGAUAGGCAUUAUUGUGAAAAGCUUUUUCAGAAUAAUUAUUUGAACAAAUGUCUGCAUGGCUGUUUAUUUCAUCAAUUUUUUUGAAAAAGAGAAAAGAAAAGAAAAAUUUGAUGAUCUCUCAUAAUCAGUAAUAGUGCUGUUACAGGUGUUAGAUGGAGAAGAUGUUUAAUGUUGAUCACUAGUGACAGGCAUUUUUUUUUUGUGAAAAGUUCAGGUGCCAGGAGUGAACUGUCAUUCACACAAGUUGUUAAUACAUAUCUCCAUCACAUAAUUAAGAAGAUCCCCCAAGUUGGCUGAUUAUCUGGGUUUUGCUCCCAACUACAGCAACUAUUUUUAAAGUUUGUGUCAUUACUUUCGGAAACACUUUCCUUGUAUAACUAAGUCUUGAACAUGUGAGGGCAAUUUAGUAAAUAAAGGGCAUAUCACAAUGUUAUUGCUGUAUAUUAAUUUUAUAGAAUUUGAAAGAUAUGUAGUGGAACUACUGGUAUAUACUUUAUUCUUCUUAAUACUGUAACUACUGAGGCAUUAAGCACAUGUCCUUAUGAGUUUACAUAUUCUUCCGAGUACAUCAUCAGAUGAAGGCUUAUUCAUGACAGUGGAGUACAGUGAACUCUGUCGCGUAGUACUUGAUAAAUUCUCACAUUGUUUUUACACGUGAAGCAUCUAUUGUUCAGUGAUGCGGUGUGGGUACAUGCACACAACAAUCUCAUGUGAAUGCUCAUCUACCAUUAGCCACUAAGAUUAAGUUUCAUGGGAGUAUUCUUCGUAUUCUUCC